GGUGUCCCUGCCAUGGCAGGGGGUGGAUGAGAUAGGCUUUAAGGUUCCUUCCAUCUCAAACCAUUCCACGAUUCUAUUAUCUGACUUUCUGAGCUUUUCUGGAGGUCUCUCACCCUUGAGUACCUGGUUUCCACAUCCUACCUGUAGUAAAGGCUUCUUUUCUGAGUGUGAUUCCCAACCCUCUUGAGAGGAAGAGGAGGUCAGGCAGAGGACCAGAAAGAAAACAACUCCCCCAGAUCCCUUUAAAAACAUUCCGGGUUGUUUUGCAUCAAUGCCUGGUGUGGUGGAAGCUGUUUACUGCCUCAGCCCUUCAGCUGCUUGCAGGGAAGCGUGGGUGGGUUUGUGGUGGGAGCGUGGGUUGUGACCUGCCAGGAGAGCAGGAGAAAGCUCCACCACCUCAUUAUUUUCAUCCUUCUGGCACUCACAGCCAGGCCUUGUGGGUCCUGCCCAGAGAUCCCUGAAGAUGCCCCUUUCCUGGGAUGUAAACAUCCUUCUGAGCUCCUCCUGGCUUGCAAAACACCCGCUCUGAUCUCCUAUCUGCACAUGGCACAGGGAUCCUGGCACGUCCCAUCAAAGCUGGGAGCCGUCCUUUGGGGAGGGCAGCCAUCCCCACCUCUCUCCCUGGGAGCUGAUCCCGCUCCGGAGCUGUCGGAGCAGCCUGCCCUGAUUCAGCUCCUCUGAGACAUCUUGAAAGGCCCCAGCAACCUGAAAGCCUGCAGCUAUUUUGCUCCCACGUGGCCUGGUUCUCACAUCCUCCCAGCUCCCUGGUGCUCAGGAGCAGCUGCUGGGGGGGCACCUCAUGGCUGAGCUCUGGACUGAGAUCCUGCUGGAAGUGUCCUGCUGGAGCGAUGUGUGAUGUUCCUCUCACACUCGUCCAUUCAUCUUCCUGCUUGUUCAUCAAAAGCACUUGAGCCCUGUGGAAAGCAAAACCCGUGUUUCAGGUGUUUGAAGAGCCCUUCGUUCUCAUUCAGGCUGGGAAAGACCUUCUGAGGUGUGAUUCCAGGUUCUACAAGUGCCUGGAGGAGCUUGGGUUGGAUUUUUUUCCAAGGAUUUCAAGUGGAUCAGAGUUUAUUAGGGACCAUUGGGGCAUCUCUUGCCCAGAGAGCUCAGAAACCUUUGCUAAUGGGCUGGAAAUUUGUUUGAAGCCGGAAUCUGGUUUAGCCAAGGAUGUGACAGCAAUGCUGGGAUUUGAGGAGCUCAUCCAUCCCAGGGGUCCUGUGCCAGUGGGAAUGGGAAUUGGAGCAGUGUAGGCAAGAUAAGUGGCCCUAAGAAGCCUUCCUAUGACCUGUCCUACCUGUUUGAUGUCUCCAAAGGAAGGUUUGUCUCACCUGGCAUCUCCACACGUCAGGAGGUGCAGACCACUAAAGUGAGGGCUCUGCCCAUCUCUGCAGCAUGUGGAUGCCCAGACCUCUGGAACAGGCGCGAUUUCUUGGGCAAACAGGAAAAGCUGCUGCCCUUGGCCUGUGGAAAUAGAGCUGGUGGCAAAACAGGUUUGCCCUCAGAGGAAAAUUUUCAAUUUGAAAGCAAAUCAGGAAGAACUGACAGUUUUCCCCUGUUUCCCAGGUCAAUCAGAAUAUAUAUUGUAUAUAAAUAUAUUUUUUUUUCUAGUAAUGUCUAAAGGCAUGAUUUUGCCUGACCUUUUUGAGUUGAGCUCCAUAAUUAAUACUUGGCCAGAGUUCUGAAGUGAAAGGUACCUUUGCAAGAGCAUCAUUUUUUCAUUUUCACGUGUCAGCAAAGAUCUCCCCCAUGCCCCAGCCCUGAAACAGGGAGCUCGCUUGAAUAAUGAUCUGAUUUCAGCAAAUUGACAGGUUUUCUGUGGAAAGGCUUCCAUGGAGGCAUUCCUGGUUAUCUCCAAUUUUUUUUGAUAGAGUCCUGAGUCUAUAGCUUCGGACCCCCUGCUCUCCCCAGAGCCUUCAACGCUCCCUGUCAGCUCCACUGGGUGCAACUGGGAGCCAGAUUAGCUCAUUAUUUUCCCAGCAUCAUUUUCCCACUCUGCAGCUGUUGGAUUCCUCGAGGGUUUUAUUCAAGUGUUGCUCCCAGUCCCGGAAAGCUUUUUCUCCCUGGGAUCUUAAGAUAGUUUUAACAUGAUUAUGAGGCCUCCUGCUGCGUCCAGGGCAAUUUCCACUCCACACCAACCAUCUCCAGAAUAGCUCCAUUAUCAGCUGGAUGGUGACAGACAUUCCAGGGCAGCAUGGCCAGGCCAAUUUAGACAUCAUUCCAUGAAGAUUAUGACCCCUUUCCAUUUUACUGUUCGCCCUUCCGAUGAUUUAUUUCCGUAUUUUCCUUGCCCAUCUUCAUUUCACCCAAUGAAAAGCCAAAUGGCACCUCCUGGAUGGGCUCAGAGCUGGGACAGGCUGAGGGUUAGGCAGGCUCUGUCCCCAGGCUGCCUAAAUGGGUUUCUAAUUGCGUUAGAUCUUGCUCUGAGUUAGAUAAAUUCGAUCUGACCCGGCAGGUUGGCACCGGGCUUUGGCGGCUUCUUUGAGCAUCAUGCAAAUUUCAGGAGGCUUCAGGGCACCUAUGUGGAGUCAGCCCACAUUUUCCCUGGAUUUAUUCAUUAAAUAGUGCCUCGGGAGCUGAUGUCCAUUUGAGGCUGGCUGCUCUGCUAUCAUUAUUUCGGCAGGACUUGGAGACUGCCUCUGCUGACUGCAAGGUCAGCACUCGCUAAUUGUCAGCUGAGCAGCCACUCAGGAGGGGAGCAGGUGCUUUUUGGGAUAAUACCUGGGUUUGGGAGCUGGGAUUCCAUGGAUUCCUGCAUGGUUUUUUUCCUCUGGUUGUGGAUUCCUUCUCUGGUUUGUCAACAGUGAAAGAGCUGAAGGGUUGCUGGGAGCUGGGGAUGGACACAGGGAUUUGUGGGCAGACACAGCCAUCACACGAGACCCCAUGAGCAUCACGGACCAGAGCAUGGCUGAUGUGCCCUGUGGGACCCCAGUGGCUGUGGUGGAGGUGACCCCAGUAAAGUCAGGCUGGGAGAUCACAGAUUUGGGCCUCUAACUGUGCUCCAGAAUUGUCAGGGUUCUUUGGGAGACACUAUCUUCAGGGACAAAAUCUUGGGAGGGCCUGAACGAGUGUUUUGAAUAAAAGGAUGGGUUUCACAGGUGUGAGACCACAGAUCUUGGCUUAGAGAUGGGUCCAUCCAUGUCCCUCCCUUGUCCAAAGCAGCCCCUGGGACCUGACCCCAGCCCUUUCCUCAGUUCCUUCACGUUGGGCAAACAGGGAGCAAUCCUUGGAAUGCAGCUGGGUCUGCUCAACCAACUGAACCCCUGGAGAUGCUGUGGCAGGGCAGGGAGGGGCCCUUGGGGCAGACAGGACCCCCAGGCCACAAAGAGCAGGAGCAGAGGGGAGCUGUAGAUGCCAGGAGGUGACACCAAGCCAGGACAGUGCUUGCUUUGUCACUUGUCCCUUGUCCCUGUCCCUCAGGAUGCUGUUGUGCCAGGAAACACCCUGAGCUCUUCCCAUCACCUGCAGGGUGAGUGCAGAAGAAGCAGGGAGGGCUCUUGGGGGGCUUCUCCUCCAAAAUCAGUGCAGUGGCUGCACAUUGUUCUGCUGGAGGGUCAUGGAACGGGAUGGGAAGAGCUGUCUCAGCUCCAUUCUCAACCCAGCACAGCAGCAGAAGCUCUCGUGGCUCAGACAAGCUGUAAAAUGGUCGGCUCAGGGGCGAGCUGAGCCUGCGUCCUGCUUCCUGGAGCUUAAGCAUUGCCCUGGGUGGUUUUGGCAAUUCAGCUCCAGCUUUCCUCGAGGCCUGCCCUGGUUUCCAUGGACAUAAUAUUCCCCUCAGCCUCCUGCUCCCAAGGCUGUGCUGCACUGCACUGGAGCUCCGCUGCUCGCCAGGCAAAGCAAACAAUUCCCAAGCCUCCACCCAUGGAAAGCUGGCUCUGGGUCACUCAAAGCACCACCCCUGGGCUUAUCUUCCUCUCUUCCUCUCCAUAUCCAGGGAUGUUGCACGGCUCCAGGUUGGUUUGUGAAGGAGAAGGGUUGAUGAAUCCAUGUGAAGUUGGGCAACUCCCGCGCCACAAUGGCUCCCUUGUCGCUUAUUUUGAUAUUCCGGGCGCUGGCUCUGACAUUGCCUUUCACUCCCGGCCCUGUGAGUUGCUGCAUUGUGGCGGCUGUUGGGGAAGCAGCUCCCUUGGCAGCUGCCUGAAAGGAGGCUUCUGGCGUGUGAGGAGGCACAGGAGGCCAGGGGAGCUGCGGAUCCUGCUUCGGGAUCAGCAGCGAGCCAGUUAACAAGGGCUGGAUUUUCCCCACCGCGCUCGCUCGGGGAGGGGGAGCAGGGUGGCUCCCCUCUGUCCCUGCCAGCAGGAAAAGGGUGCCCGGGGCGGAUUUUGUGGUUUCCUUCGUGAACAAUGGAAUUUCUCCUGCUGCUCGGUCCCUGCCCUCUGCACAGGCGGUGAUGGCAUGGGUUUGUGGGGACAUGGUGACAUCCUGAAUUCCUGUUGCCUCCUGGCACUGUUGUCACCUGGGCUGAGUUUGUUUUGCCUGGGUUUAGUGAGGAGAAUCAGCCUGGUGCGGGUUGUGCUGGGAGCUGGAGAUGUUUGAAUGAGGGAGGGAAGAGGCAGGAGGGAGCAGAGGGGCUGAGGAGUGCGGGGUCCCUUUACCCCCAUCCAGCAUCCAUGAGUGAGAAUCCUCACGGAAUCAUUAAGGUUGGAAAAAAACUCCUCCAAGGUCAUCAAGAUUUGAUGUCACCCAGCCCAGAGCACUGAGUGCCACCUCUAGUUGUUCCUUGAAUGCCUCCGAGGAUGGUGAUUCCACCACCCUCCUUCCUGAUGCCUGACCAUCCUUUCCAUGAAGAAAUGUCUCCCAAUAUAAUUUUUCCUAGUGUGCCCUCCUGGCAGAAGGAAUCGGCAGUCAGGAAUUGGUAUUGGGGGGUUUGGGAUGUGCAGCCAGGACCAGGCAGGUCAGGGACAGCGCACAAAAAUUCCUCACCAAAACAAGUUCCUGCUACUGCCAGAUGAGCCCCAAAACUGGAGCUGUGGGUUUGGGCCUGGCUUCCCUGUGGCUGGAAAAUUGGGCAAGAGAUGGAAGGGGCACAGGGAAGGGCAGCAGGGCUGGAAGGGGCACAGGGUCAGGCAGGUGGGCUGGAAGGGGCAGAGGGAAGGGCAGCAGAGCUGGCCAGACCAGCCUGGUGUCUGCAGCAGGACCUGGCAGAGCCGGAUGCAGCCUGGAUUUGUGGAAUUGGAAGGGGGCAGAGUGAGGAGUAAUUACUGCCGUUCCUCACAACCCUGCAGGUAGGAGAAGUUCAAGGCAAAAUGGGCAGGCAGCAGAGGCAGGAGCAAAGGGAAGAGCUUUUCCAGCGAGCACAUGGGCUGGGAGUUCACUGCUGCUGGAAUCUGCAGAGGCCAGAGCAGGCACGGACUCAAAAAGGCAGGAGAGCACUUCACAGAGGAUGGGGGUCAUCAGAGGCAGAGCUGCCAAGGAUUCCUCCUCGGGAAAAAUCCCUGAGCUGCGGCAGCACGGAACCUGCAGGAUUUUCCCAGGGAUGAACAUCCCCAUCAGAGCAUCCCUGCAGGAAGAGGGGGACAGGGGCUCAGUUUGUCCCUCAGAUGUGGUGCUGGCACAGGUGUCCCCAUCAGUGAGCACUGGGGAGCCCUGAAAAUGACAGUUUUUUUAUCUAAAGCCACAAUUUCUCAGCUGAGGAAAUAGACAGCUCUACCCCAAAUCCCAUUCCAGCACAGCGGCAGCAGUUGGAAGUAGGAAACCAAUAAAUACUGGGGGUAAAAGGAGGGAGUUACAGCAAUUAGGAGAAAUUAGUCGUUCUGGAGUGUAGAAAAUUAACAAGCAAAUCCAAAGACAUUGGGGGAAAAUCAAUUAUUACAAAGUCAACACAAUAAGUACUUUAAAAAAUGUGCUGGGAAGAGGUGGAAUUCAGGAACUGUCAAUUCCAAGUGGAGACUGCAAAAUUGUUAAUUAUGGAGAAAAAUGCAAAAGUAUUGACUAAAUAGUUGGAGUAAUUUGGGCUGAGACAUAACAACGUAGGAUGUGGGACCUGCCCAUGUGUUGGGAACCAGCAAAGGCAUUCAAAAUAGAGAUAUUUGACAUAAUUGAAUGGAAUAAUUUGUAGCAAAGAGUGGGAUCUCUGCUCCGGAGGUGUCCACAGAGCUGGGGAGCCUGGGGUGGGCAGGACUGGUAGGGCAGCGAUGCCAUGAGCAGCUGGAAGAGCUGGCUGGGGCUGUGCAGUGCUCACUGCCCUCGGCAGCCCCAGGGAACAACUGGAUUAAUGGCUAAAGCAGGGAAUGGCUGAUGGAAAUAGCACUGACGUCAGUCACUGUGGCUGAUGGCAGAGGACACUGGGCACUGGCAUUAUGUGACAGGUCUGGCUUUUAAACCUUUCCCUAGGCGUGGUUCUGGCCUCCGUGAGGAACAAGGGCUGCUGCAGGCGUUCCUGCGGGGCUGGAGAGGCAGAGCUGGUUUGUGUUGGGUACAGAGCUGCUGGAGACUGAUGGAUGCUCCCAGCUGAUAAUGGGGAUUUUAUCACUAUCAUUAUUAUUAUUUUUAUUGUUUUGCCUGAACACUGCUCUGAGUUUGGACAUCAGCAGGAAUUUCUCCAUGGAAAGGGUGGUCAGGCAUUAGGAGGAGCUGCCCAGGGAGGUUUGGAGUGCCCAUCCCUGGAGGUGUCCGAGGAACACCUGGAUGUGGCACUUGGCACUCUGGGCUGGAGAUCAGGCACAGCUUGGAAUUGAUGACCUUGGAGGGCUUUUCCAACCUGGGAUUCUGGGAUUCUCAGCACGGCAUUGUGAGGCAGAUCCGGUUUAUCCAGAGCUUAGGGAAGGGAAGCUUGGCUGGGAUUCCUCAUGGAGCAAGGUUCUCCUGGAGCUGCUCCUCGGCAGCAGCGCCGUGCCCGCUGCCAUUCACCGCUGUAAUCAAUGGUCUGGAAGGAAAUCUGAAAUCACUGCUGAUAAACCCGCGGCUGCCACGGAGAUUGGUGGAGUGGGAGAUGGUGCUGAGCAUGGAGCAGUCAUGCAGAGCAAUCCAGAUUGCUUGGUAAACUGGGCCCAUUUAAGCAAAGUGCAUUUUAACGUGGCCCAGCGCGGAGCUGCACGUGGAGAAACGGAAUGCUGGCCGAUAUCCUGGCUGACUUUAAAAUGGAUUCAAGGGUCACGCUGCAUGAGUAGCUCAGGGUUAAGAGGCUGGCACAGACCUCAGGUGGAAAAACCUGCGAGGUUGGAAGGGCAGGAAGGCACUGCAGGAAGCCCUGGUGAGAUGGCACCUGCAAAGGUCACCUCUGAUGAGGAACGGGGAAAAACUGGGGCAAGCAAAGAUGAGGGCCUCAAAACAGAUUUGAUGUUUGCAGGUUGUGACUUGGACCUGCUGUGUUUGACUCCUCAAACAGAAGGCUCUGGUGUGCCUCAACUGCACUGCACAAGCAGCUCCUUGUGCAGAGGCCACUGCCCGCUCAAAGGCUCUUUACCCUCCCCCAGAAAGGUCACACCAAACCCAAUUUCUGUGAGUCAAGGCCAGACAAAUCGAUUCCGUGCCUUUCCACGAUUCCAGAGCCGGGCUGUGCGGGUGGAGAGCUGGCCAGGGCACCUGCUGGUGGGGCUGGGCACAGAGGGAGGGGGGCACUCCCCGUGCCAGUGCCACGCUGCCCUGUGUGGCUGCAGGGGACAGGGCUUGGGAGCCCUGCAGUGAGAGGAGCCCUUUCGAGGGCUGCCUGGCAGGAGGUGACAUUUAAAGGAGGUGUUUUUCAGGUAAAAGCGCUGCUGUUGGGAUGCAGCCCCCCAGGGUGGGGGGAUGGUGGCUGUCACAGGCUGGCUGUUUAUUUGUGUUAUCUCAGCACCCCGAGGAGCCUGGUCCGGCCGGGCUGGUGCAAGCACGGAGGGAAAGCAGAGCUCGGGAUGGGCCAGGCAAGGCAGGAAAUUGGUUUCAGCUGGGUGGGCAGGGUGCAGGGGUAGGGCGGUGCCAGGCUUUUCACGAUCCCUGUGGGCUGGGAAGAGACUCCAGAGGGUCACUGGCACCUGGACAGCGCUGCCUUGUCCUCAGCCCCUCCGGGAGGGGCUCGCCUGUGCCUCAAUGACAGGGGUUGCACCCUCUGCUCUGGCAGCCCACGGGCACACGGGGCUGUGCCCCCUCCUGGAAGUGUCCAAGGCUGGGCUGGACGGGGCUCGGAGCCACCUGGGCUAGUGGAAGGUGCCUGCCCAUGGCAGGGGUGGGAUGAAGUGAGCCUUAAGGCCCUUCCAGCUCAAACCCUGCCAUGAUUCUGUGAUUGCACUUGGCCAAAGCUACCACUGUAGUUUUUUUGCCAGAGUGAUUAACCCAG